AAAAAAUUGAAAAUAUAACCUUAAAUUAUGACAAAAAUUAUUUAAUUCAAUAUAAAUAUUAUAUAUUAUGUCAGGUUUAGAUUUGUUAAGUACAUAUAUGUCUGAUUCUGAAGAUGAUGAAAUUAAUGAUAAGAAUAAAUCUAAUGAAAAUUUUAAACGAUUACCUUUACCUGGAAGUAUUAUAUCAUGGAAAGGUGUUCCUCAUCAUGAAGAAGUAUAUGAUGAUCCAUUGCAACAUGAUGGAAGAGUAAGAAGCUUUAAACAUGAACGUGAUGAACCUAGUGAAGCUAUAUUUUCAUGGAUAUCUUCAGUUUUAGAAGAAAUAAAUAUUAAAUGUAACAUAUUUUCUGAACAGUUUCAUAUUAGUCUAACAAAAACUUUAAUUUUAAAAUUUCAUUGGAUUGAAUCUUUCAUAAAAGAAACUAAGAAAUUAUGUGAGCAGACAGAUCAAUUUGAUUUGAAGCUUUUAAAUGUAAAAGCAUAUAUUAAUGAAGAAAAUACUCGUACAUUUCUUGGAAUAGAAUGUGUUGAUUGUAAUGGAGUUCUUGCUCGUUUUGUAGAAAAUAUUAACAAGUUUCUUGCUGAGUAUGAUUUACCAUCUUUUUAUGAAGUAAGUAAUAUA